CUCAUCUUCCGCAAACCGACCGACAACGCGUCUCGUGUCAUCCGUAAGUGUUCGACAAUCCGGCAACCGACCUGGACGCAGAGGAUGACGACGGCAGCACGACUCCUGGGCUGGUGCGUGGUGCUGCUGGGCAUCUGCGCCACGACUGGCGAUGGCCACUACCUCGACUCGUACUACUGCGGCCAGGACAACUGCUAUGAGCUGCUGGGCGUGUCGCGCGAAAGCACCAAGCAGGAGAUCGCCAAAUCGUACCGCCAGCUCGCCCGGAAGUACCAUCCGGACCUGCACCAUGGCGCGGAGCAGAAGCAGGCGGCCGAGGAAUCGUUCAAGCGGAUCGCGACCGCGUACGAGGUGCUGAAGGACGAGGAGUCGCGCAACGACUACAACUACCUGCUGGACAAUCCGCAGGCGUACUACGCGCACUUCUACCGAUACUACCGCCGGAAGGCGAAGAUUGACGUGCGGCUGGUGAUCGUGGUGACGAUAAGCAUCAUCUCCUGCAUCCAGUACGUGACGCGCUGGCAGCGGUACGAUACCGCCAUCAAGUACUUCAUGUCGCUGCCCAAGUACCGGAACAAGGCGAUGGAGAUGAUCAACCAAUCGAACGGGGGAGGCGGCGGCGGUGGCGGUGGCGGGAGUGGCAAGCAGGGCCGGAUCAAGCUGUCCAAGGCGGAGCAGCGCAAGGAGCACGACGAGCAGAUCCGGAAGGUGAUCGAGAACAACAUGGACAUCCAGGGUGCGUACGCGAAGCCGGAAAUCAAGGACAUCCUCUGGAUACAGCUGUUCCUGCUGCCGUACACGGUCGGCCGGUACCUCUGGUGGGCGGGCCGGUGGGUGUGGAAGUUUACGCUGCUGAAGCAACCGUACGGGCGCGAGGAGCAGCUCUACCUGAUCCGCCGGUACAUGCGCCUCACCGCGGUCCAGUUCGACGCGAUCGAGCCGGAAACGGUGGAGCAGUUCCUGCGGCAGCAGCUCUGGAUCAAGUCCAACUACGACCGGUGGAAGGUGGAGCAGGAGAACGAGAAGAAGAAGCAGAUGGCAGACAAUCCCCGGUACAAGGCGUACCGCCGGUACAUGAAAAAUCACGGCCCGGGCCGGCUCACGUUCGAGGAGUGAAGUGGUGGCUGGAGGUUAACCGUUUUUUCCCACUUUUGGUUAAAUAGUUUCUACGCGUUUUUCCGUUCCGUUCAUUCGGCGGCUGCAAAGAAAACACAUCUGUAAUUAUUUAUUGACAAACCCCCCAGCCCCACCAAGCGAGGCGGGGGGAGCGAAGGCGUUUUUCCGAAGCUGCUAGGAAGAAGAAGAAGUGUGGGAUGUGCGGAGGUGUGUGUGUAUGUUUUUGCGUUGAAUAAAGCUCGACGACCCUCUCGCUACUCCUGGUCGCGAUUUCCAUUUCAAACUGUAAA